AUGCAGCGGCGGGGGCCCGGGCUCCGGAGAGCCGUCCUGGCGGCGCUCCUGGCCGCCCUCCUCGGGCCGGGCCGGCCCCCGGGCGCUCCGGGAGGGCCGCGCGGAGGAGGCGGCCCCGCCGGCCGGGCCCGAGGCCGCUCGCCGCCCAUGUGCUCCGGCCAGACGGAGAUCAAGGACACCUUCAAGUACAUCAACACCGUGGUGUCCGCCCUCGUCUUCGUGCUGGGCAUCAUCGGCAACUCCACCCUGCUGAGGAUCAUCUACAAGAACAAGUGCAUGCGGAACGGGCCCAACAUCCUCAUCGCCAGCCUGGCCCUCGGGGACCUCGUGCACAUCCUCGUCGACAUCCCCGUCAACGUCUACAAGCUCCUUGCAGAGGACUGGCCCUUUGGGCUAGAAAUGUGCAAACUGGUGCCCUUCAUUCAAAAGGCCUCCGUGGGAAUCACCGUGCUAAGUUUAUGCGCUCUGAGCAUUGAUAGGUAUAGAGCUGUUGCUUCCUGGAGUAGAAUUAAAGGAAUUGGAGUUCCAAAAUGGACCGCGGUAGAAAUUGUUUUGAUCUGGGUGGUUUCAGUUAUUCUGGCUGUCCCCGAAGCCAUUGGUUUUGAUAUGAUUGCUAUGGAUUACAAAGGAAAAUCUCUUCGAAUCUGUUUCCUUCAUCCUACCCAGAAAACACCUUUUAUGCAGUUUUACAAGGCAUCUAAAGACUGGUGGCUAUUUAGCUUCUAUUUCUGCUUACCACUGGCUAUAACUGCGUUUUUCUAUACACUAAUGACCUGUGAGAUGUUGAGGAAGAAAAGUGGCAUGCAAAUUGCCUUAAAUGACCAUCUAAAGCAGAGACGUGAAGUGGCCAAAACUGUCUUCUGCCUGGUGCUUGUUUUUGCUCUGUGUUGGCUUCCCCUUCACCUCAGCAGGAUUUUGAAGCUUACUAUUUACGAUCAAAGCGAUCCCAAUAGAUGUGAGCUUUUGAGCUUUUUACUGGUUUUGGACUACAUUGGUAUCAAUAUGGCUUCACUGAAUUCCUGCAUUAACCCAAUAGCUCUGUACUUGGUGAGCAAAAGAUUCAAAAACUGCUUUAAGUUAUGUUUGUGUUGUUGGUGCCAAUCUUUUGAAGAAAAGCAAUCCUUGGAGGAGAAGCAGUCCUGCUUAAAGUUCAAAGCUAACGAUCAUGGAUAUGACAACUUCCGCUCCAGUAAUAAGUACAGCUCGUCAUGAAAGAAGGGGUAGACAUUUACAUUUCAAUUCUUUCUUUUAGACAGAAUUGUUAUUCAAAUAAUGGGGCAUUUGAAAAGACCUGGUUUGGUGUUUGCACACAGAGACACACACACACACACACACACAAAUAGUAUGUGAUUGCUAUCAUAGCAUUCAUAAUUACGCAAGGAAUCCUUGACUGCUUACCACACAUUGAAGGGAGAGAAAAAGAAAAAAGAGCCCCUCAUCAUUAAGCACUUAAACUCUUUGAUGUUAGCACUUCUCAAUUUUAAUAACUUCCCGAAAAUGAGUAUACCAUUUCUAGUCCUCGUGAAUUUUACUCAGAACUCUCAUUUAGGAAGAUGUGGAGAUUUUAAAUUGAUUUGAAUUCAACAUCGAAUGCAAAGGAACAGUCAGUCUUUGUAAAGCAGAUUAACACAUUACUCAAUUAGGGAUUUUUUUUGAAAUCCUAGAAAUAAUUUACUAGGAAUGUAACACUACUGACUAGAUGAUAAUAGAGAAAGAAAAUUAAAGUGUACACGAGUAGUUUAAGCAAAAUUUUGGUUUUUUGGAGACUAAAAGCACACUUAAAUUGUUAAGCGAAUGUGAGAAAACAUAAUCUAAAUAGUGGGCUGAAUGUGAAUACCCUGAAAAAUGUCAGAAUCCAGUGUAUUGAGGAAAAAGGGAGAAAAGUUUGGAGUUUUGUUUCAACAGAGCUUUUAGAGGCUUAGGUGUCUCUUAAUAGAACUCCCUCAUUUUUCCCGCCAAGAUUUCUGCAACAAUCCUUCCACUUCACAACUGAAUUUUAGGACAAAGUUAGAUCAAUUUUGGCAUCUGUAAAUAUGUUGAUGAACAUAACUAAAUGUUGAUUUUUAAACUGAGGGCAGGUCCCAUUAUUAAUACCUUUAAAUAGAGAAAUUCCCGUAACAAAUACGUGUAUUGCCUGGAGCAAUGUACACGAUGAAUGAUCAAACAACCUCCCUUUUAUACUUCAAUCACUUCAUAGUUAUGAUACAAAAGCUGUUUGAAAUCAUCACUUUGGGAGCUUAAGAUGCUAAUUGACUAGUGAAUAUUUCCUCACUAUCUAAUGUCCCUCCAUGAGUUUAACAUUUUUUUUCCCGUAUUAAUGAUUCUGAAGUGAAAAAUACUUUUCACUACAGAAUAUGUACCCUGCUUAGUACUUCCCUCUACUUUCCCAUUUGCCUUUUAAAACCACAAAAUUCCCUCUCUUAUUCUUUCAUCAGUUAAGUGCCUUGGGUAUGCAUAAGAUUAAGCAUAGGAGUCCAAGAAAAAUUAAGAAGAAAGAAAAGUAGGAAAUGAGUUGGGAUGGGAGGUAAAACCACAAAAACAGAGUUUCAUUCUUGGCCUGAGGGCAUGCCUGCCCUGGGUAUAAAACUGCAAAUGUUUUCUAUUUCAAAUCCAGAAUAACACUGUGCAAUUUACUGAAGAGUUACCCUGGGAACAAAUCAGACAAGAGCUUUGACCUACUUCUAAAAUAUCACUGAGUAUAUGAUUUUUUUGGGGGGAGGGGGAUAGGAAGGGGAGGGACGGUCGGCAGAGAGGAAAGGGGGUAACUAGGACCACAUGUAGGAAAUAAGCUACCAGUGUUGUUUCUUGCCAGCACUUAAACUGAUGAUAAAAUAGGCCAAAACAUCCAUUUGAGGUCAUAAAAACUAGGUUAGUCCAUGGAAUACCUAUUUUACUUUCACAUUCACCAGGGAACAAACAUCAUUCAUCCAUUUUAUUAACAUCCCUUUUUUUCCUAUGAUCAUAAAAUACAGUUCAGGCAUUAAUGAUGGGUACAUUUUGAAUUCUAAAUUAGAUACUGGUCAGUGUUAUUUUCAUGAAGUAAUUUGAAAACAUUUUCAUUUCUAUUUAAAUUAUAGCUGUUGUAUUUAAUAAUCAUGUAACAUUUGUUUUUCCUGCACUAUUUCCUUGCUAAGCCAGACAUUGAAAUGCAGUAUUAAUAUAAUGGGGUUCCACUUUCAUUCCAAGCAAAAAUUUCUGAUAAAAAUGAAUAGUGGGAGUUGGUUGCCAAAUCUGAAAGCUUGUAGACAAGGAACAUGUGCAGGUCUUUAUUUAGCAAAUUCACAUUUUUUAUACUUUUUCCAAAAGGGAGUUUCAGUAUUAUCCAAGCUAAUGAUAAGGGAUAUUUGUGUUUGCCAUGUCAACUUGAGUGGAAAAGAAUAGUAUUUCUUGGUACAGUUGAAACCAGUAUAAGGUAUUACUUUGACAAUAAGUUUCCAAAUAGUGUGUAAAUUCAAAGUUAUUUGCCAAUUUCAGAAGUUGUGGAGCACAGCAGGGGUACAUUCAUUCAAUCGUAUUUAUUGAGCACUUAGUGUGUGCCGAGCACUGUACUAAGCAUUUGGAAAGUACAAUUCGGGGUUGAAAAAGGAGCACUGAAAAAGAAGCAGCUCAAAAAUAUAAAAUGCUAGUGCAAAUUCUCCUUUUGAAUUUUUUUUGGUGGUUUUUUAUGAUAUUUGUUAAACGCUUACUAUGUGCCAAGCACUGUACUAAGUGCCAGGGUAGAUAUAAUCAGGUUGGACACAGUCCCUGUCCCACACGAGGCUCACAGUCAAAGUGUCAGGGAUAACUGAAUGUCUCUUAGACUGUUUAUAGCUUAGUAAGGAAACACUGUAUCUAACUGAAAGUAUAUGGUCAUUUCUUUAUAAAAUUGUAUAUAACCAUGUAAAAUAAUUUUAUAUUUUUUGCUUUUUAAAGUUUCAGUUACUUUAGAUCUUGAGUGAUUACUAUGUAAACAACAUGAACUAUCAAUAAAAUUAUUUUAAUUGCUCAUUUUAAAAGAGG